CGAGUGCAGACGUGGGUAGAAAAAAGGUCAGAACGACGGGCCACGGCCACCGAAAAACAAAAAACAAAACCUGGCGUGGACGUUGGAGGAGAGGAUAUGUUUGGCAAAGAUGAUGGGGGAGGAUGACCCGCUCAUGGCUGACGCCAAUGGACAACAUCAGUUCAUGAAAAAGAAGGAGCGGUAUGCGUGGGUGGCCGAUCCCAUGGCAUCCGGUGGUUAUCCUCAGAGAACUGUGGAGGACUGCCGUAAGAAGUGGACAACCAUGUUGUCAAAGGCGAAGCUCAUCCUUGACAAGUGCAAGGAUGCAUCGGGUCUGCCGUUGUACUGGGAUACGGACUUGGAAAAGCAGAAGGAGUUGAAGGAGCCUCUCGCCUUCGAGAAACCACUGUCGGAUGCCAUGCAAUGGAAAGUGAAUCGACCAUCCAUGACGUGCGACCAGACAUUGAGCUCUGAGGACCUGCCGGGAGUGGGAGAAGGAACACCGCCUUCAAGGAGAAGUGGUUCCGAAAAAAUGAGGUCUCAGGCAAGAGGAACGUACGGCUCGAAGGCGCAACGAAGAUGCGAAGAACGUUGUCAGGGAAAACUAGGAUGGACGACGUGGAGACCAACGGAUCGAUUUGGGCGACGGCGAUGGAGGAGUCGACACAAUCCUACUGCGAUGGUUUUGACAAGGCCGCUUCUACAUUGGCGAAGGCAACCUCGGAUGUCGGGAUUGCGAUGGCGGCGAAGAUCGGUGAUGUGGCGGAGGAAAUAAGGGGAGGGAACACUGUCCUCGAGAUGCUCGUAGGGGUUCUCGCCCGCCGCUAUGUGGGGUCUACCGGUGGUGACGACAACAGCGGGGACACUAACCCGUCG